CCCACUCAUUAUUAAGUAUUAACUUUUUAAAAAGAAAAGACAGUCCAAUUUCGAAGCCUCCAGGACCAAAACCACCCCCAAUGCCCAUGGCCAUUGCGAAUGCCACCAAGCGCAGAAAGCAGAUGGAUCACAAUCACCGCAAUCCCUCUCAGUCUCUGCUUCCAGGGCUUCCCGACCACAUCGCCCACCUCUGCCUUUCCCUUCUCCACCCUUCUUCUCUCUACUCCGUCUGCCGCUCAUGGCGUCGCCUUAUCUACUCUCCUUCCUUCCCUCCUUUCCUCUCUUUAUACGCUCUUUUAUCUUCUUCUUCAUCGCCGGAUUCAAUCCACUUCUUCACCUUCGACCCCAUCUCAUCCAAUUGGCAUCGUCUUCCUCCCCCGCCACCUGAUCCGCCGCUCCGCGUCCUCCUCCGCCACCCAUCUUUCUUAUCCCGGAGCCUCCCCGUUCAAUCGGUCUCCGUCGCCGGCAACCUCGUGCUCCUGGCCGCCACCACCCAUAACUUCGCCCCCGCGCUCUCCCACCCUCUGAUUUUUAACCCGCUCUACAAAACGUGGGCCUUCGGCCCGCCACUCGCCACGCCGCGCCGGUGGUGCGCAGCGGGCGCGGCGGGCGGCGCGGUUUACGUGGCGAGCGGGAUGGGGUCCCAGUUCUCCAUCGGUACGGCAAAGUCCGUGGAGAAGUGGGAGUUGGGAGAGGAGCGGAGUUGGGAGUGGGAGGGGAAGAGCGGGCUUAGAGAUGGGCGGUUCAGCAGAGAAGCGAUUGAUGCGGUGGGGUGGAGAGGGAAGCUUUGUAUGGUGAAUGUGAAAGGCGAUGCUGCGAAAGAAGGGCUGGUUUACGACGUGGAGAAGGACGUGUGGGAGGAGAUGCCGGAGGGCAUGAUCGGCGGGUGGAGAGGGCCGGUGGCGGCCAUGGACGAGGAAGUGAUGUACACUUUGCACGAGCGCAAGGGCGCUCUGAGAAAGUAUGACCCGGAGAGGGAUGCGUGGGAGGGGAUUGUGGAGUCGGAGAGGCUGAGAGGGGCGCAGCAGAUGUCCGCCGCCGGCGGAAAAGUGUGCGUCGUUUGCGGUGGCGGUAAUGGGAUUGUGGUGGUGGAUGUGAUGGCGUCGCUGGGAAGAUUGUGGGUGGUGGAUUUGCCGGCGGGAUUUGAAGCCGUGGCGGUUCAUAUCUUGCCCAGGAUGAGCCGGCCGGACUUUGGAUUUCCAGCCACAGAAUGAUUUUUAUUUUAUUUUUUAAUGUUUCUUGUGAAUUUGGGAUGUGUUGUUAUUAAUAUUAUUUAUUUCUUUGAA